AUGUAAAACAAUGUAUUUUUAGCUUAGCUUUCUACUCCUUCUGAAAAUGAUAGUCUAUAGCAAAACAAUAAACCUAACUAGUAAUCGCAAAUAGAUAUUCAAUAUAAUAGUGGGUUUACUAGGUUUUUAAUACAAAACUAAAAGACUUAAAGAAAGCUUUGCAAAAAGCCAUCGAUCACUUACAAAACCUCAUAAUAUUCGACAAAUACAUCAGUUUUAGAUUUUCCAUUUGUAAGUCUAAGUAUGCAGCAAUAAAUACCUAACUUCUAAAACGAAUAUUUAAACUUAUUUAAUACCUACUUGAGCAAAUAUACCUUAUGUGGUAGCAUGAAUCAUAAAGAUAGCAUCUAUUUAUAGAACGCAGGCAAAAGUAUUUAAGAAUCUAGGUUGUCAUUCAAAGACUAACAGAGAGGAAAUGGAGUAUUAAAUUUAGGAAAUAUUCCAAAUUACAACAAUUUAAAUGAUUAGAAUUGCAACAAUAACAACAACAACAACAAUAAUAAUAAUAUUUUAAAUAAUAUUACUAGUAGAUUACAAACUAAUUAAAAUAUUUAGCAUACUUCCCAUAUCUAGACCAAUUAAAUUGAAGAUACAAUGCAGUUCGAUUCUCAUCCUAUUCCCUUUUCUUCUUAUAACUAGAUAAUGAAUCAAAACAAGAAUGGCUCUCACCAAUGCAUUUACUUACUAUAAAAUAGCUCUAUGUAGAACAUAUAAUAUGAAAUUCACCACAAAUCUAAUUUAAAAAGCGUAAAUUACAAUACAAAUCAUACAAAUCCUAGUUAGUUAAUUGGCAAGCAAGCUACUUAGAAUCCUAUUCUCAAACGUAAUAUAUGCUAAAAUAAUCUGAUUCAAAACAGUGUUAAUAACACAGACAGGAAGAAUAGUCUUUUAUUGCAAUGUUCAAGCAGCCCUUAGGUUUUUAAUCCCUUAUUUAAUGAAAUAUUAGGAACUAGAUCUGUAGAAUAGACGAAAAACAGAGUUAUACAAGAUAAGAGUAAUUGCGUUAACAGCGAUACGAGCAAAAAAGAAAACAAAAGCACUGAAUUACCUUUAAAAUGUACGGAUGGUGAGUCAUUGCUGACUAUUUUAACGAAGAAUUUAGCAGAAUAAGAAUAAAAUGAAAUUUAAGAUAAAAAAUAAUUUAUUGGCCAUUCAAACAAAUUUCUUUAGAAAUAGAAAAAUCAAUCAUAAACACUAGAGACUAAAUUAGGCACUAAUUAAAAUAUAUACAUUUUUGAAAGGAUUGAUAGCCAGAGCGAAGAUUCAAGCAAUUUUGCUUAGUACAUUUAAGUGAAAUUUAUAGACUGCGUUUAUGAAGGAAAACACUCAUAUUUAAUAAUGAUGGAAGAACUAAAGAAAAAUAUCUCAAGUCCAAGUCCAAGUAUAGAAAAUAAAGUGAUCAGCUCUUCCCAAGAUCAAAAAAUUAAAAGUGAUAAUUUAAAAAUAAAAACUUUCAAACAAAAAAUAAUAUCUAGUCUAGCCCACGAGUUAAAAACUCCUUUAAAUUCAAUUAUUUCUUAAAUAAAUUAAUUGCUGCUAAAUAGACAUGAAGAGAGCGUCAAUUUAAAAAGCAAAGACAUUCAAAUUUUAAAAUCUAGUGCAAAUCUAUUAAAUUACAAAAUUGAAGAUCUUUUAAAUUAUUCCAUGUACAUGAAAGGAGAAAACAAGUUGAAUUUAGAAAAGUUUUCAAUCAUAGAAAUAGUCAAUGAAAUGAUAGAAAUAUUCAAACCCCAGGCUAAGUUGAAAAAUCUCUACUUUCACUCAAAAAUCACUCUCUUUCAGCCAUCAAUAAAGAAAUCUCUCGAGCUUUAAAAUUGCAAAAAUUCAUCUCCUUAGAUUGAAGCAAAUAUUGAUUAAGUAGAUGAAAAUUUAAUCUCAAAUCCUUUAAAAAACAUAGACAAUUAAAAAUACGAAUUUUGCCCUGUUGAAGAUUUUAAGAAGAAAUUUGUUUCGCUUAAAUUUAUGAGUGAAAAAGUAAUUAACACACCAAUAGCAGAUAUUUAUUCAAAUACUUCAGAGAAAUCAUCUCGAUAAAUUGAAAUUAAAGAGUAAUAACAAUAGUAGUAGUAGCACCGCCCAUCACAGAAUGCUAGCAAUUACAAUGAAUACAAUUAGUACUCAUCAAAAAAUACAGUAUAAAGUCCUCUCAAGCAGCAAGAUGUUUUCGUGAGAAGUGAUAAGAAAAAGCUUAUUUGCAUAUUAACUAAUCUCUUGACUAAUGCUUUAAAAUUUACAUUUAAAGGAGGAAUCAGCUUCACAGUGAAUCAAAUAGAUAAAUAUAAUUUUGAAUUUUCAGUUUCAGACACUGGAAUAGGAAUUGAACAAAAGCUUGUUAAACGAAUGAACAAUGUUAACAUAGAAGAUUAUGAUACCAUUUUUAUGAACGAUUAAGAGGAUGAAUCCUUAAAUGAGCAAGAUAUUUCUGAUGAACUGUAGGAAGUAAAGGAUAAUAGAAACAAUCAUAAUAAUAUUUAAAUCAAUAAUAAUAAUAAUAAUAAUAAUAACAACAACAACAACAAUAGUAGCUUUAAAUAAAUCACGCCUUAUAAAUAAAAUUAAUUGAGAGAUCCUUUCUAAAUAAAAAAUGAGGAGUUAGCAAAUAAAGAAAAUGAAUUGGAAAAAAAAAGCAAAAUUGAGGAGAGUGCUAAAAAGGAAUUAAAACUUUCUUUGUUUAAGCAAGAGUCUUAGAAGAUUAAAUUUUAAUAAAACUAAUAAAGACAUGAAAAUGUAAAAAGCGUUAUUGAAAUUAAAGAAGCCUGCAGUAUUAACGAAAGCAUUUAACAUACAUCAAAAGAUGUAAGUCCUUUCCAUUCAGAUAAUAAAAAAAGUAGUCCAGCUAAUAGAGAAGAUAAAAAUUGUUGUUCCAUUAAAUUAAUUGAAAACAAUGAACCAAUGAAAAAGUCAAAUGUUAGUUCUUUUUCUCUAUAAAAUUAAAAAUAGUAAAAAAAUCAACAUUAUAAAUCCCAGCCAAGUCUUUACAAUUUUCAAAGAAAUUGUGGAAUAGGAAUUAAAAUUGUUAAAAUAUUAACGUCUCAGCUUAGCUCGAAUACCCAAAAUUUAAAAAUCAAAUCUAAAGAGAAUUUAGGUUCAACUUUUACUUUUACUUUGGAGGAUUAGUCAAGAACGAAAGCUGCUAUGAGCUAAUUUGUUUUAUCUGAUCGAAAUAUUAGUAAAAAAAAUAUUCUUGCUUUAGAAAACCAGUUAAGGCAAAACUAACCAAAUUAUGUUUUGACUCAUCCCUACAAGGAUGAAAUCAUCUUAUCAGACAACAGUAUAGAAAGCCACGAAGACAUCAAAUCUCACUAUGCAGCAUAAAAAAGUAAUACAAAUAGAUCCUUUAAUUCGUUAGCUGAAUUUGUUGAUUAUUCGAGGUACGAGUAAUAUAACGGGUGCUACACUCCAAAAUAAUAUAAUCAUGAAAAUGUGAGAAAAUGCAACUAUAAAAAAAAUAAAUCAGAUUUAGAUUUUUUGGCAAAUUAAAAUCUUCUCAAUUAAAAUUCAUUAAAAUUAUAAACUCUUCUUUCAAACAAAAGAAUUCUACUAGUUGAUGAUAUGCCCUUCAACAUUUAGAUACUUAAAAACUAUCUAAAGGGAGUUGAAAACUUAGAAAUAAAAGAAGCUUUCAACGGUAUGUCUGCAAUCGAAUAAGUUCAACAAGAAAAGUUCGACCUCAUUCUUAUGGAUAUAAACAUGCCCUUAAUGGAUGGAAUAGAAGCCACCUUCAAAAUUACAGAAUUAAUCAAAUCAAAUCAAAUUUAGCCAGUACCAAUCAUUAUUGUAAGUGCUUACACAGCUAUCUAAGAUAUAUAAAAUUCCCUUAAAUCUGGAGCUGCUGGACAUGUUUCUAAGCCAAUAAGCAUAAAAAGCCUGAUCUCUGAAAUCAACAAGGUUUUAAACACUUACUGA